GGGCUGUGGACAGAAUUACCAGAGAUAAUUGUUUUAUUUGGAUCAAGGUGAUUUUUAUUUUUUUUAUUGCAUCAAAAUUGUCCAUGUUAAACAGCACAGAGGGAGAGAAAGUGUCCUUCCAGUGCUGCCUGGAUGUUUCCGGACUGGAAGCCUCUGAGCUGUUUCCGCCGCCAUUGCGGAUUUUGGACAGAUCAGCCGUAGCCACUGCUAUCCAUCGAUGCAGUGCUGAAAGCGCGCACAGACGGGGGACACAUUUCACCACUCUGCUGAUUCGAGGCUUUGGAGACGCGGUUAAAACCACUGCGCAUUUCACAUUUUAAUCGUGGUUUUCAUUUUUCACUGCUCAGCUCCGACCUACACGAACAGUGAAGAGGUCGUAGCUAGCGCGGUGCUACUGCCUAGCUAGCUAGCGAGCUGCACGGCUAGAUUUUCAGGACUCCGGAGAAGCUCAAGGAAACAACCAUGGCUCAAAUCCUGCCAAUCCGCUUCCAGGAGCACCUGCAGCUCCAGAACCUGGGAAUCAACCCAGCCAACAUUGGAUUCAGUACUCUGACCAUGGAGUCCGACAAGUUCAUCUGUGUACGAGAGAAAGUGGGCGAGCAGGCCCAGGUUGUCAUCAUAGAUUUGGCCGAUCCCAACAAUCCCAUCCGCAGGCCCAUCUCUGCAGACAGCGCCAUCAUGAACCCUGCCAGCAAAGUUAUUGCCCUUAAAGCCGCAAAGACCCUGCAGAUCUUCAACAUUGAGAUGAAGAGCAAGAUGAAGGCUCACACAAUGACUGAUGACGUGACCUUUUGGAAAUGGAUCUCCCUGAACACUGUUGCCCUGGUCACAGACAACGCAGUCUACCACUGGAGUAUGGAGGGUGACUCUCAGCCAAUCAAAGUCUUUGACCGUCACUCUAGCCUGGCAGGCUGCCAGAUUAUUAACUAUCGCACUGACGCCAAACAGAAGUGGCUGCUGCUCAUUGGCAUUUCAGCACAGCAAAAUCGUGUUGUCGGAGCCAUGCAACUGUACUCGGUGGACAGGAAGGUGUCUCAGCCGAUCGAGGGGCAUGCUGCUGGGUUUGCACAGUUUAAGAUGGAGGGCAACACUGAAGAGUCCACUCUGUUCUGCUUUGCUGUGCGAGGACAGGCAGGAGGAAAACUGCACAUCAUUGAAGUGGGGACCCCACCAACUGGGAACCAGCCAUUUCCAAAGAAAGCUGUUGAUGUUUUCUUUCCUCCAGAAGCCCAGAAUGACUUCCCUGUGGCCAUGCAGAUCAGCUCAAAGCAAGAUGUAGUAUUCCUCAUCACCAAAUAUGGCUACAUCCACCUCUAUGACCUGGAGACUGGAACUUGUAUCUACAUGAACAGGAUCAGUGGGGAGACCAUUUUUGUCACAGCCCCCCAUGAGCCGACUGCUGGUAUCAUUGGAGUCAACAGGAAAGGACAGGUGUUGUCAGUGUGCGUGGAGGAGGAAAACAUCAUUCCCUACAUUACUAACGUGCUCCAGAACCCAGACCUGGCUCUUCGCAUGGCCGUUCGCAACAACCUUGCUGGUGCUGAGGAGCUGUUCGCCCGCAAGUUCAACACCCUCUUUGCAGCAGGAAAUUACUCGGAGGCUGCCAAGGUGGCAGCUAAUGCACCCAAGGGUAUCCUGCGGACUCCAGACACCAUACGUCGUUUCCAGAGUGUACCAGCUCAACCAGGCCAGACGUCUCCUCUGCUCCAGUACUUUGGCAUCUUGCUGGACCAAGGCCAGCUUAAUAAGUUUGAGUCUUUGGAGCUGUGCAGGCCAGUCCUCCAGCAGGGCCGCAAGCAGCUACUAGAGAAGUGGCUGAAAGAGGACAAGCUUGAGUGCUCUGAGGAGCUUGGAGACUUGGUGAAGUCUGUUGAUCCUACACUCGCUCUCAGUGUCUACCUCAGAGCCAACGUUCCCAAUAAGGUUAUUCAGUGCUUUGCAGAGACUGGUCAGUUCCAGAAGAUUGUACUCUAUGCCAAGAAGGUGGGCUACACACCAGACUGGAUCUUUCUGCUGAGGAAUGUAAUGCGGAUCAGUCCAGAGCAGGGCCUUCAAUUCUCACAGAUGUUGGUUCAGGAUGAAGAGCCACUUGCUGACAUUACACAGAUAGUCGAUGUGUUCAUGGAGUACAACCUGAUCCAGCAGUGCACAUCCUUCCUACUAGAUGCCCUGAAAAACAAUAGACCCAUGGAAGGACCACUGCAGACACGCCUGCUGGAAAUGAAUCUGGUCCAUGCACCACAGGUUGCAGAUGCCAUCCUGGGCAAUCAGAUGUUCACCCACUAUGAUCGGGCACAUGUGGCACAGCUGUGUGAGAAAGCUGGUCUCCUGCAGAGGGCGCUGGAGCACUACACUGACCUGUAUGACAUAAAGCGUGCAGUGGUGCAUACACACCUGCUGAACCCAGAGUGGCUGGUGAAUUUCUUUGGCUCCUUGUCAGUGGAGGAUUCUCUGGAAUGUCUGAGGGCUAUGCUGUCUGCAAACAUCCGCCAGAACCUUCAGAUCUGUGUGCAAGUGGCCUCCAAGUACCAUGAGCAGCUCAGUACUCAGUCCCUCACUGAACUUUUUGAGUCUUUCAAGAGCUUUGAGGGUUUGUUCUACUUCUUGGGUUCCAUCGUGAACUUCAGCCAGGAUCCAGAGGUCCACUUUAAAUACAUCCAGGCCGCCUGCAAGACGGGCCAGAUCAAAGAGGUGGAGAGAAUCUGCAGAGAGAGUAACUGCUAUGACCCUGAACGCGUCAAGAACUUCCUCAAGGAAGCCAAGCUGACCGACCAACUACCUUUGAUCAUCGUGUGUGACCGCUUUGAUUUUGUCCAUGACCUGGUCCUGUACCUGUACCGCAACAGCCUGCAGAAAUACAUUGAGAUCUACGUGCAGAAGGUGAACCCAAGCCGUCUGCCCGUCGUCAUUGGUGGGCUCCUGGAUGUAGACUGCGCUGAGGAUGUGAUUAAGAACCUGAUCAUGGUGGUGAGAGGACAGUUCUCCACUGAUGAACUGGUUGCUGAGGUUGAGAAAAGGAACCGACUGAAGCUGCUGCUGCCUUGGUUGGAGGCUCGUAUUCAUGAAGGCUGUGAGGAGCCUGCUACCCACAAUGCUCUGGCGAAGAUCUAUAUCGACAGCAACAACAACCCUGAGCGCUUCCUGAGGGAAAAUCCCUUCUAUGACAGCCGUGUGGUGGGGAAGUACUGUGAGAAGAGAGACCCCCACUUGGCCUGUGUGGCCUAUGAAAGAGGACAGUGUGACCAGGAACUGAUUCAUGUGUGCAAUGAGAACUCACUUUUUAAGAGUCUAUCCCGCUACCUUGUACGUCGUAAGAACCCCGAGUUGUGGGCGAGUGUGCUGCUGGAGACCAAUAACUACAGAAGACCACUCAUUGAUCAGGUUGUUCAGACAGCUCUGUCAGAGACCCAGGAUCCAGAGGAGGUGUCGGUCACAGUCAAGGCCUUCAUGACCGCUGACCUUCCCAAUGAGCUCAUCGAGCUUCUAGAGAAGAUUGUCCUGGAUAACUCCGUCUUCAGUGAGCACAGAAACCUGCAGAAUUUGCUCAUCCUGACAGCCAUUAAAGCUGAUCGGACACGUGUCAUGGAGUACAUCAACCGUCUGGACAACUAUGAUGCCCCAGACAUUGCAAACAUUGCCAUUAGCAAUGAGCUUUUUGAGGAGGCCUUUGCUAUUUUUAGAAAAUUUGAUGUCAACACCUCUGCUGUUCAGGUUCUGAUUGAGCACAUUGGUAACUUGGACCGAGCUUAUGAAUUUGCUGAGCGCUGCAAUGAGCCACCGGUGUGGAGUCAGCUGGCAAAGGCGCAGCUCCAGAAGGGUCUUGUCAAAGAAGCCAUUGACUCUUACAUCAAGGCUGACGACCCCUCUGCUUAUAUGGAAGUGGGACAAGCUGCAGCCCAAAGUGGAAACUGGGAGGACCUGGUGAAGUUUCUGCAGAUGGCCCGUAAGAAGGCUCGGGAGUCAUAUGUUGAAACAGAGCUGAUCUUUGCCCUGGCUAAGACCAACCGCCUGGCUGAGCUGGAGGAGUUCAUCAACGGACCCAAUAAUGCUCACAUUCAGCAAGUGGGUGACCGGUGCUAUGACGAGAAGAUGUACGAUGCAGCCAAACUGCUUUACAACAAUGUGUCCAACUUUGGCCGUCUGGCCUCUACUCUGGUCCACCUGGGAGAAUAUCAGGCAGCUGUUGAUGGAGCCCGCAAGGCCAACAGCACCCGCAUCUGGAAGGAGGUGUGUUUUGCGUGUGUAGAUGGGAAGGAGUUCCGUCUUGCCCAAAUGUGUGGCCUACAUAUUGUCGUCCAUGCUGAUGAACUGGAAGAACUCAUCAACUACUACCAGGACCGUGGUUACUUUGAAGAGCUGAUCACCAUGCUGGAGGCUGCUCUCGGGCUUGAGCGGGCGCACAUGGGUAUGUUCACCGAACUGGCCAUUCUCUACUCUAAGUUUAAGCCCCAGAAGAUGAGGGAGCAUCUGGAGCUUUUCUGGUCCCGUGUCAACAUUCCAAAGGUUCUCAGGGCAGCAGAGCAGGCCCACCUGUGGGCAGAGCUGGUGUUCCUCUACGACAAGUACGAGGAGUAUGACAAUGCCAUCAUCACGAUGAUGAACCACCCAUCUGAUGCCUGGAAGGAGGGCCAGUUCAAAGACAUUGUCACCAAGGUGGCCAACGUGGAGCUGUACUACAAAGCCAUCCACUUUUAUCUGGAAAUAAAACCACUAUUACUGAAUGACCUGCUCAUUGUCCUCUCUCCGAGACUGGACCACACACGCGCUGUCAACUUCUUCAGCAAGGUGAAACAGCUGCCUCUGGUGAAACCUUAUCUCAGGUCUGUCCAGAAUCACAACAACAAGUCGGUGAAUGAGGCACUGAACAACCUCUUCAUUAUUGAGGAAGACUAUGCGGCGCUGCGCACAUCCAUCGAUGCGUAUGACAACUUCGACAACAUCUCUCUGGCUCAGGGCCUGGAGAAGCACGAGCUAAUCGAGUUUAGGAGGAUUGCGGCCUACCUGUUCAAGGGCAACAACCGCUGGAAACAGAGUGUUGAACUCUGCAAGAAGGACAAGCUCUAUAAGGAUGCUAUGCAGUAUGCAUCAGAGUCCAAAGACACAGAGCUUGCAGAAGAGCUCCUGGCUUGGUUCCUGAACGAAGACAAGAAAGAGUGUUUCGCCGCCUGUUUAUUCACCUGCUACGACCUGCUGCGGCCCGAUGUGGUGCUGGAGACGGCCUGGCGACACAACAUCAUGGACUUCUCCAUGCCAUACUUCAUCCAGGUCAUGAGAGAAUAUCUGAGUAAGGUUGAUGCGAUAAAGGAAAAGGUGGACAAACUUGAAGCCUCCGAGUCCCUGAGGAAACAGGAGGAGCAAGCCACAGACUCUCAACCUAUUGUUUACGGCACACCGCAGCUCAUGCUCACAGCAGGGCCCAAUGUGCCUGUGCCCCCCCAGCAGGCCUAUGGUUACGGCUACACAGCAGCAGCACCGGGCUUCACCCAACCGCCACAGCCCAACUUUGGUUAUGGCAUGUGAACCCACAACACCCCCUCCCACCACCACCACCACCUCCACUUCCACUUGACCCAAUACCUUCCUUCUAUCUCCCCUUCUCUUUGUGUUCCUCACCAGCUUCCCAUGGUCUUCUUCUCACAACAGAGGACACAAGCAAGCAACAGCCCACUCUCAUUUUGAGUACUGUUUUUUUUUUUUUUUUUUUUUAAUUAUUAUUAUUAUUGUUACAAUAUUGUCCUGUUACAAAAGAAAACAUUUACCUGCAAUGAAGGACUUUUAUUUGUAUUGUUUGAAAGGAAAUUGGACCACAAAUUUCUUUGUUGUUUCACAUUCCAUAUUUAUAAGUACUUAUUUACUUUUUUUUGGUGUUUACAUUGAUGUUUUUUUUUUAACUAUUGUUUUUUUGGUCUGUGCAGAAGUGGACUUGCUAAAGCUCAGCAAAGAACCUUUGAAGUAGGUGGAGGAGCAUUGGAUUUUGCACUCGUCGAGAAAUUAAUGUAGAGAAGCUCUUACUUUUGAUGUACUGAACAUGUGAACAGCUUACAUUGUCUCGUUUGUCUGUAUAAUGCAUUUCAUUGUAUAUUCUGAGAAAAAAAAAGGUUACAUAUAAUAUUUGAACAAUUUAUUGCCAUUACAGUGGCUAUAGAUAGCAACACUAAGUAAUGAUAGUAUAUUCUGCACAGGCGUGUAGCUUUAUGGAGUUUUAAAUGCAUACAGAUGUAUGUCACUGUGUGAAUGAAUGAGUGAGUGUGUGUGUGUGUCAGAGAUACAAAGAGUGAUAGUGACCUGAUGGUCAAAAUAAGGAUUUUAACUCCCCCACAGCCUAUACUGGGCUGUACAAUCCACCCUCCUAGAUGUUAGCUCUCCUUCUUGGUUCCAUGUACUUAGGUGACCUCUUGUGCCGUGUACAGUGCUUGUGUGAGACUGUGUCCGUGUAUGUGCAAGGAAGGGACCAAGGCUCCCAAACUCCAGGGCCCUUAAACCCUGAACCGUACUCUGUGUGUGUGUGUGUGUGUAUUUACUCUGAACCCUCCUCAUGCUGAGGUCCGUGUAUGCCGGGUGUUGUGUUGUUUCCCUCGGUCACCGUUACUUAUUUUUUUGUUUGUUUUUUUGUUUUUAGUGUGUACAGAUGUGAACAUAAUUGAUGGCAAACUUUUAGAUGGAGACCCCACCCAUCUGUCCUUCACCCACUCCCCUGUCCUGUCUCCUCCAGCAUUUCCACAUGAACAAACACGGAGGCAGAAGACGACAGAGUGGAGGAACCUUUGUUCACUUAAUGACAGCUGGAUUAGAUCCAUGAACACUCCUGUAGGUUGUGUGUUUAGAUGGUUAUGAUGAAGACAUUAGAUCUCAGUACAUCCAGUUCUUUGUUAAGAAUGGUCUGAAAUAAGAGCCUGUAUUUAUCUUGAUGUACUUAACUUCCUUACAUGCUUUAAGCUGUGUGUGUAAAGUGUCAUCUAAACCCUAACAUAAGUUGAAUUCCUUUCUGUUGUCAUGCAUAUUAAUAAUAAAGGGCAUCUGUCAUUGAUAAGUGGAACAUUAUGACUUAACUGAAAGGGAAAUACUAGCUUAAAUAAAAGUCUAAAAAUUGUA